CGUGCACUGUUACUCAUGCAGAAAUUGUGCAAAAUGCAAAUAUGGAAGGUUCAUCAAUUGCCCCAUGGCAUUGUAAUGGCUGCACUGCUAGUAUAUCGCACGAUAGUUUGAAUGGAAAGCAAAGUAUAAUGAUUUCUCACAGGCGAGCAGGAUGGGCCGGAGUUGAACAGACGGUGCACGUACAACCGAAUCAUAAUUACUUCUUCAAUGUACACUUAAAACUCCUCAACCUGGUCCCAGGAUAUAUGUACCAUCAUAUCAGUGUUAAGUUCAAAUAUUCAGUAAACAAUCAUGUUCACUAUGUCAGAAUAAGUUACUCACCGAUGCAGCAAGUCAGUUUUGGUUAUCAAGAAAUAGGUGGUGAUUUUCAUGUUCCGAAUGGUGUCAACAGUAUAACCAUAUAUAUUGAAAUAAGCGAAGCUAAGGUCAACUACUUACUGGACGAUGCAACAUUACAAGAAAUAACACCAAAUUCAAACUGGAAAUCUGAGGCACAAGCAAGGAUUGAAAAAUUAAGGAAAGCUCCUCUCAACAUUAAGAUUGAGAAUCAUGACAAUGCUGAUACUAGUAAUUUUAAAAUUGAAAUCAAACAAGUAAAGAGUAGCUUUGCCUUUGGUACGGCUGUCCGUGCAGAUAUAAUGAUGGACCAGAACCAAAAGGCGUAUCAUGAUUUCGUAUAUAACAACUUUGAAUGGGCUACUAUUGCUAACAAUCUUAAAUGGAGGCUAAUGGAAUUCACACAGGGUCAUCCAAUCUGGAAUAGAGGAAUUCCAGCAGUAAACCUUCUCCGUUCUAAAGGAAUGAAGGUCAGAGGUCAUAAUAUGUUCUGGGGAGUAAAACACAAUUGUCCAAAAUGGAUUUUGAAUAUGACUUCAUCAGAUCUGAACAAUGCCAUGCAUGCUAGAAUUCACGGAAUGAUGCUACAUACAACAGGGAAAGUUGAACACUGGGACGUAAACAAUGAGAAUUUACAUGGUGAUUUCUAUGAACAACGCAGGUCUAAUCCUAAUAUUACAAUGAAUAUGUUUGAAUGGAUGCGAUUAAAAGAUAAAAACAUGAAACUGUUUUUGAACGAAUUUAACAUCGUAAUGGAUUCCUCUGCAACAACAGCAUAUAGAAACCAGGGUAAACUUUUUAAGACUUCCGGUGUACCUAUUUAUGGACUUGGUGUACAGAGUCACUUCCAUUCAGUUCCAAGUAGUAUUGACGUGGUGAAGUACCGAGUAGAUAAGGUAGCGGAAGCUGACUUACCACUCUGGAUCACCGAACUGACAAUUCAUGAGGCAGACGAAAACAAAAAGGCUGCCGUCUUAGAAGACAUCAUGACUUUAUACUUCAGUCAUUCAUCAGUUCAUGGAAUUGUAUUUUGGGGUUUUCAAGACUCGUCAAUACAUGAUCAUGCUGCAGCCUUGACGUCAAACAAUGUUGUGCCAAAUGCCGCAGGAAGAAAGUACCAAGAACUUUUCCAUAAAACCUGGCGUACCAAUGAAGUCCACCCAGUUGCUUCGACUAUACAUUCUAAAGGAUUCUUAGGAGAUUACGAGGUGACAUUGCUCCAUCAAAAUACAAUUAUUCAUACUGAAAAUUUUACUCUAGACCAUAAUGGUGCAACCCCAACAUUUCAUAUCAGAGGAACAGGUUCUGGAGUCCAUGUCGCACAGGUUGCUUUUGGAUAAUACUCACACAGGUUCUAGUGAUCAAUCUCACCUAUGAAAUAAUAAAACUUAAAAUGG